CAUUUUCUUCUCUCUCCCUCUCUUUUCCCCUAACUAAACUCAAACCAUUGCACUUUUCUUCUCUCUCGUGAGCAGAAAAACGCUUAUCCGCUCCCACCAUCACCACCACUUCCCUUUCUUCUUCUCUUUUCCUUCUAAAAUGGGAUGUUAAGUUCCUUCUCCUCUUCCUCUUCUUUAAGACUCCUCGUUACCCUCUGUGGCUCUGUCUCUCGCCACCACUUCCUGCUUCUUCUGCCUCCUAGUCCUAGGCUUUAUAGGCUAAAACAGCCCACGGAAAAAAAAGUUUACUAUUUUCUGACACGCCUUCUUGUAGCAUUAAUGCCUUCGUCCCCUCCAGUGCUUGUCUCUUCUUGUAUUGCCUACAAUUGCUACUUGCAAAGUUUUUAGCUUUACCAGUGUCUGUCUGCAAUAUCUUCACUUUGUUCACACCCCAGUACUUGGAUAAAUCAAUCCUGAGUUUUCUUCCAUGAACGAAGCUGAAAUGACGAUUCCUCACUUGUUCAGGUGCCCGAUCAGUCUAGACUUGUUUGAGGAUCCAGUGACCUUGUGCACGGGCCAAACCUACGAUAGAUCCAGCAUAGAAAGAUGGAUUGCUCAAGGUAAUCUCACUUGCCCUGUCACAAUGCAGAAGCUUCAUGAUCUAUCCAUCGUCCCCAAUCACACUCUUCGACAUUUGAUCGAUCAGUGGCUUCAAUUUUACCCUCAAUUUGACCACUUUGGUAACUCUCAAACCAUUGAUUCUCUUGCCUCUCUGAGACGCACCCUUCAGUCUCAGGAAUCCACCUUCCAGAACAAACUCCAAGCACUUGAAAAGAUCAGGCUCUUAUCUGAUGAGUAUUGCUCUUUCAAGAAAUCCUGCUUCCUCCAAUUGGGUUUCUUGCCUCUUCUCUUGGGACUAGUUUUCGGAGCUCAAACGUCCAAAGAGCAGCAUCACAUGGAGUUCUUAGACCUAGCUCUUUCUUGCAUUAUGAAGUUGUUACCCCUUGACAGUACCUCAGAGCCUCUAAAUAUGCUCAAAGAAGAAACUAAAUUAGAAUCGUAUCUUCUAUUAUUCGAAAAGGGCAGUCCCAAUAUUAAAACCAGCCUGUGUAAUCUGAUAGAUUCAGCGGCGGCAGCACAUUUAGAAGAGGUAUUGCUUAGACUCGGAAACUCCCAGAAACUACUCAAUGAAAUUGUUCAUCUUGCAGGCCAAAAUAACUGCGAGGCUUCCAGGGCUGCAAUUAAAGCCAUAUCAGCGUUAUGUUCCUUGCAAUCAAACAGAGAGAAUCUGGUAAUAGCAGGGGCAAUAGAUGGCAUCAUGAGGUACAUUUCAGGAUGUGAAACAAGAGAUAAGAACCUGGCUCCAUUGGGGAUGGAGAUAAUAGAGAAGCUUCUGGUAAUAGAGAGAGGCAAAGAAGCAUUGGCGAACAGUCCAGAUGGGAUUCAAACUUUGGUAAGGAUGGUGUUCAGAGUGAGUAAUCAAGAGUGUAGUGAGAAUGCUGUGGGGCUACUGAUAAUGGUGUGCAGAGAAAGCGGGCGAGCGAGAGAGGAAGCCAUUGAAGAAGGAAUUCUGACUCAGUUGCUUUUGCUUCUGCAGAGCCAAUGUAGUGCCAAGUCGAAGACGAAGGCAAGAACGCUUCUCAAAUUGUUAAGAUCCAAGUGGGCUGACAAAGUACCAAAACAGCCCUAAAUUUUUUUUGAAUAUAAAUCACAAUACAAGCUGUUCUUGUUCUAUAUUCGCUUGUUUCUUUUCACUUCAUGAUCUGUGAAUUAUCUUCAUCGCCCAAAAAUUUCCCAUGCAAUGAUAACAUCAAAAUUCAGUUUUCACCUCAUUAA